AUGCAUAGCUGCGUAAGAUAGAUGGCAAAAACAGGUGCAAACCAUGAUAGUUUUGUAGGAACCUAGAUUCGUCCUCGUUCGGAAUCCUAUCAGCAACACCAAGAACGUGUUGAUUCCCAGGGAUAGUACGGCGCCGAAAAUCUCAAACUUGUGCGAUUCCAUCUGCAAAAAGAUGAAAUAACUGUGGUGAAGAGUAAAGUUUUGCGCAAUGCGAAGAGGUGAUACUGCCAAGAUAUGAAAGAAGAGGACCUUUUUGGCAUAUUCAUGCAGAAAGCUCACAAAGCCGUGAAAGUUUAAAUUUUUUCAGUCUCCAAAUGAUUCAUAAUAUUUACGUCCGUACUAGCGUCUCACAAGUGCAAACAAGGAUACUUUAAUUCUUGACCCCAUAUUUGGGAGAAGGGAAAAUCAGAAAAUAUCAAAGAUGGAAACUUAGUUUUUGAUCAAUUAACAUGAGGUGCACUUUCAGUUGGAACAGAGUGGAAAAGUAUUAGGGAGGGAAAUUUUUUAAUUUCAAAAUACUGAAACCAAAAAGCGUCUACUAAUUUGGCGGCGGCGUUGUUAAAAAAUUUUUGUGUUUUUUGAAAAUCUGAUUAUUCGGAUCUUUGUUUGCAGGGUCUCGAAUUCAAUGCGUUGACGUCGAGAAGAGGCUUGUUUGCGCCUCUCUAGAUGUUCGGAAAGUGAUGCCAGGUUGCUCGGAAGGGGGUUUGAAAGGUUCAACUGAAGGGAUUCAGGGAGCGAGACGAUCCACACGAUCGACGUCGACUUGGCCUGCGACAGCGUCGUGACGUGCAUGUGUCUUCUGGAGAAGAGCGACGGCGACCAUCUCUACAUCGGGACGAGUCGCGGGCUCGUCGUCGUCGCCCAGGCCGCCACUGUAUGUCCGAACGGGAGAAGGAGUUGAUCAGAAUAUAGGAAAAUGUCAAGAGAUGAGAAAGUAUAGGAUGGAGUUAUAUCGUUUCUCAAAAACAAAGGAAAGUAUUGCUCUAUAGUCUCUAGUCUCUAUCAGCACAAAUAAAACCUAAAACUUCCUCUUUUUAAAAAAAAACAAAAGAGUUUUUCCAAAUAAAAAAAAGUAAAGUUUCUAUGGGAACCUUUCGUGAGAUUUUUUGCUUCGCCUCAAUUUUCUUAUAUGCAGAAUUUUUUCUUCCUUUUUUAAGUUUCGUUUUGUUACCAAAACACAGAGAUAGAAAAUAUCAUUAUUUUAAAAAAGGAAAAGGUCUCGCAACAACAUCAGGAAAUCAUAACUUGCUUUGAUUUAGAACUUGUAUUCUCAAUUUAGACAUCCCUCGAUUAAUCAAACUAAAUUUUCGUAAAAGAAACUCUGCAAAGAUUUUUUCGAAUUUUCUAACUAGUAAGUUGAAUUAAAAUUUACAAUUUUUUUAAGAUUGAAAGUCGCGUUGCACAGCACGUUGAUUGUAUUCCUCAUUUCUCGAAAGUUUUGUUAUUCAAGUCUUCGUACGAGAUUUAUUCAGUCAUUCACUUGCCCACUUAUGAAUCAGAAAGAAAAAUCAAAUUGUAGUUUUGAAGAUGUGAAAAUUUCAAAGUAUUACAUUUUCAGCAGCAAAAAAAAGUUUACCACGGCUACAUAAGAAUUUUUUUCAAUAAAUUUAUAAAAAAUAAAGAACAAUAAGUUUUCAAUUGGAAUACACUUUUUGUAAUAUUUUUUUUGAAGUCUCAGGUCCUAUGAUGUGUAGAUGGAGUAUCUCAAAGACGCUCAGACUUUUUUCAGCUCCAACCAAUCAGCGCCUGUCGUCCCUACGAGAGCGAGAUCACGUCGAUGAGCGUGAUGGAAGAGGCGCCGCGGGAGGACGACCGCGACAGUCUCAGAGGCCGUUCCACCCUGAGCACGGCGUCUUCGGAGAGCGGCCUCGGAUGGGUCCGCGAACGCGUCAGUGAGACCGUCGACAGGUGCGCAACCAACUGAAUCUCCGACACUUUGAAGAUUUUUCAGGUUCCGAACGGCGUCGUCGACGGUGGACCCGCAGGGAACCGCGCUGUUGGCAACCAUCGGACGCCAGUUCAGGCUCGUUUUUCUUAGAAAAUACAAAGUGAAAAAGUAACUAUUGAGCCUUCAUAGUGUGAUGUCCGCAAUUAUCUACAUAUUUCUCUAGAAUUUAGAGUCUAAAUGGAGAUUUCUCAUAGUCGCUACCUGCUCGAAAUUUUUUUCGGAAAUAUAGUUUCAAAUUACGUGAUAGGUUCCAUGUCAAACGCAAAACUUGCAAAUUGGAUUCUAUGAAACUAAAAGUUUGUGAGUCUUGACCUAACGCAUUUUUAGGGAUGUCUGACUAAAAAAAUAGAAAUUCGAGCAGGUAGCGAGUCUGAGUUAUCUUCAUCUAGACCUUCAAAAUUUUUUCGAGUAAGUUAUAUACUAGAAAUUUUUAAACUUUUCACGUUCCUGUAUUAGCGGAAUGCCUUCUUUUUGACCCGAAUACAUAGUCUCCACUGAUUUCGGCUGCUGGAGGCAAGAUAGUUAUAAAAUAUCGUAACUAGCUAAAGUUCUAUUGAUUUUCGUACUGUAAAAAUGGAAAAAAAUUCAUUGAAAGUUCAAGUCAUUAUGAUUCACAUAAGCUUUCAAAAAAUUGUUUAUAUUUGAAAUUCUUCCAGUUUCCAUCGGUCACACUUCGAAAUUUCGAAAGAAUGAGAAUAAUCUGACUCUUAAGUACAAGUUUCAGAAGCCUUUCCCACCGUUUCGUCAGUGAAACGAAGCUCGCAGACGUUUACUCGAUCGUGAUCUGGAGGACCGACGAAUGGACCAUUUGA